AUGGGUUUAGCGCAGUCGGUUAGAGUUGUUGCGCUGCCUGCACGAUCGGAGGCCACUUAUGAUUCUGUGGUGUUGUCGAUGGCGAUGAAACGUGCAGCACUUCUGUGCCUCCAACGUCUCCAGUGUCUCGAUGUUCAGCGAGUAUUUUCUGGAGCGUACACGGGGUCUCUGAGGAAGACGUCCAACAAAUGCACGUUCAAGUACUACUGUACGAAUCCGUCUUCCUCCUCAUUGCCAGCUGCUCACUCCACGAUCACAGUGCGCUUCGAGCGAGGGCUCCCCCUUCUCAAUGUUACACUACCGUCAAGGAAUGAAGCCUGUCAAUUUUCCCUCCGUCCACUUACUGACAAUGUUGGAACUUUUUGCGAACAAUUGCAACGUGAGGAUCGAGGAUUGGACUUUGUUGCAGUGUACACUAACGAUGGUGUGCGUGUAGCAACAUCAACAUCGAUCGAGCACCUAUUGUUGUUUGGAGGAUUUCGUUUGAGGUUAAAUGAUCGGUACUAUGAUGUAGUGAUCUCCUCCGAAAGAAUCGAUGGUGACUUGGGAAGUGACAGGAUGCGACAGAUCGAUGACCUGCGUGCAACGGUUGCUUCUCUACAUGCUUCUCUAUGUGUAGAUGAAUACAAGGUAGGCAGAGAAAAACGAUUGAUGCAGCAGCUGGAAAGAGCUGAAAGUGAACUGCGACCACUUCAAGAGCAAAAGCUACAGAUAGAGAAGGAUUGUGAAGCACAUGCGGAGCGAAUUAUGUGGACGGGAUUUGCGGCAAUGGGCAUACAAACAGGAUUAUUUGCUCGAUUGACAUGGUGGGAAUACUCUUGGGACAUCAUGGAGCCCGUUACGUACUUUGCUACUUAUGCGACCGUGGUUGCAACGUUUGGCUACUAUCUCUACACUAGACAGGCCUUCGAAUACCCUUCUGCUCGAGAUCGCGUUUUCACGAAACAUUUCUACAAAAGAGCUCAAAAACAGGGCUUUAACAUUGAAAAAUACAAUGCUUUGGUAACAGAGGUCGAAGAAGUUCGAAGUCAGCUGGAUCGCAUUCGUGACCCGCUGUUUCAACAUUUGCCCGUCAGCUAUCUCACAAAGCUAGAAAAUGGCGACUCUAAGGUUGACAAAUAUGCAGCUAAAAAAACUGUCGAAGGAAGUUGA